AAUAGUAUAUUUUAUCAAUUAUCUUGAUUCAAUUGUUUUGAAUAUGGAUCAUAUAAAAGAUUACGAAAAUGCUGACACAAUUAGUAUCGACACCCUGGCCCUGGAGGAGAUGGUACAAGAGGAAAGAGCAAAAGAAAUAUCGGAAUUAAAUAGCUUACAUGAAAAAGUGUGUUAUUUACACACAAGUUUAUUGUAUUAUAGGAAUGCUAAAUCUAAAAUGGGAAUGAUAUGUUAUGAGGCUUGGAAGACAAUGGUGAAAAAAAUAGGAGGCUCACCCAAUACAUGGAGAGAUUUAGGCUAUGCACUGGGUAUUACUCAAGAUGACUUGAAUUAUAUAGCCAAUUCUGUAAAAGAUGAUCCAGCAGAUAUAAUUUUAAAAGUAUACAUGCAAAACGAGAAUGCCACAUUAGACAAAAUAAUAGAAGCAUUUAUUAACAUGAAGAGGUAUGAUAUCCUCAAAGCUGUAGAAAAUCCACUAUGUAAUAUGGCACAAUGUUUUAACAGAGAUGAUAGUGGAUAUCAAAGUAACAGUAAUACAGGUAAAAGAGAAAUAAUAACACUGACAAAGAAUGUCCCUAAUGACUUGCCCCCAGCAUUAAACAAAAAAUAUGUCAAAGAUAGGCCUGACAAACCAAAAAAGCCAACAUUGAGACCUUCCACAAAGACUGAUGAAAAUAAAGAGGAAAGCGAUAGUCUAAUAUUAUUUCUUACAUAUACUGAAGAUGGUUUAGACACUGCCAUAAAUAUUCAAAAUUAUGUCAACAAUUGGGAUGAUUUGCCGGGAGUUACAGUUGUCACACUGAACGGGAAAAGGGAAGAGGUUGUACAGAAUCCAGAAAAAUUCAUUAGGGAAUAUUUUGAAAAGGCCCAAUUUAUAGUACCUAUAAUUACUACCGGAUAUUUAAACAGAAUAAAAUCCCAUACCCCAGAGGCUCCCAGCACAAACGACAACCUGGACUUUAAAUAUGUUAAUUUUAUAUACAAUUUAAUAAUUAAUUAUUAUAUACAUGCAACUGGGUGCCUUAAUGAGAAAGUUAGAAGUGUACUACCUCAAAAUGCUAAUGUUGAUGUUUUGAGAGAUAUAUCUAUGUAUCCAGAUUUACUGCCUUGGACUUAUGAAACAAAUUUUGAUGAACAUUUUAAAGCAUUUUUAAAGAAAGAUUUUGCAUAAACAUAAUGUAUAUAAGUAUAUCUUCACACAAAUUUUCUUUAACUAGGUAUUAAAUGUUCAUCAAACAUAACUGUUCUGUUACAACAAGGCUUGAGAAAGAAUUUAACCGAAUCUCUUUAUAAUUCACUAUUUAUAGCUUCUCGCCCGUGGCUAUACUCGCCUUGUCUAAAAGUUAACAAAUUAUAUACCUUCCUCGGAAAUCACAUUACCUGUGUGAAAUAGUCACAUCCAAAUCCGUUGCUUGAUUUUAAAGAACUAAUUAAUUAUACAUAGGAACUGUGACAAGAAGUGACUUUGCAGAAAAGUUGAAAAAGGCUGAUAUGAUACAGGUAAUUGUGUCUAUUUUUACAAGUUAUAAAUUUCUCUACUGCCCAAUUUUGUUUUGUUUGUUGUAAUUUCUAUUACAAUAUUUGUGUUAAAUAUUUUGAUAUGUGAACAAUGUCUUCCAAAAUAAAUUAAAAUUGUAUUGAUAGUCAUCUUAAAAUAAA